CGACGUUCAGUCACAAUUUUGUCGGCAACAUGCCAAUAGCUCCAAAAAAUUAAAACAGACGCUCACAUAUAUUUUAAAAACCAGAGUAAAGACCUGUUUCUUUCUACUGCGAACGCGUUUUAGCCAACUUUUUAUAAUUUGUACGAACCAACUGGAGGAAAUCUUAGGAAACCGUUUGAGAACCGUGGAGAAAUAGCAAAUGGGUAUUAAGAAAAGCCAAAAAAGUACAAAAAAAUUGAGCAGGGCCUAAAGUGUUCAGAUUAGCUACAUCCAAAAAUCUCAAUCAAAAUAGGCACUGUCUCAUUGCCAUUUUUUAUGUACGUACGGAAGGUGUGCCUUCAGAGUCAGUCUAUAUUUUAUCGGAGUCAAGCAAGCAGCUCAAAAAAUUUUGUGAAAAAAGAAGGCGACUUAGCUACCUUUAUAUACUUUUUUACACCAACGAGCCGAAAACGCUUAAGAAUCGAGGAGGAAGUGCGAAUGAUGCCACUGAAGACACUGCUUUGGAGAAGGUAAUCGUAAAAGUGGCGAAUCUGAAGCAAAGACUGCAUUUUCGGUUAAUCUUUCCCAGACCGCCAUACCACAAAUUGUUGCAUUGAUAAUAUUCGUGUUGAGCUUGGACUGUUACGUGGCGCACUGUUCUGUGCGCCCGUUUUCUACCACCAAACCAUUUCAAGAAUUCUGCAAAUUAACUUGUUAACCUAACUCACUUCGCUGGCAUUUUGGAGCUUCCACAACAGACAACCAAAAACUAACAGGUCAUGGACGACGAUAGGACCGAUUCGGACGAAUCGAAGAGGAAAAAGGACGAGAAGCACGUCCAGAAACAUGAGGCCAGGGGAAAGAGGAUAAGAUGUGCCUACGAGAGCUCGGAGGAUGGGUCGGAGGGAGACCAGUCUGCCAGAAUGCCGGCCGAUACAGUCACUGCCGUGCCCUCCGGGGAAUUGGAGAAGAUCUCGGCCAACGAGUCUGCGCCGGCCGACGCGGACGCGGACCCGGACCCGGACCCGGUGAACAUCGGCGAUGUGCUGCACCAUCGCUACCAUGCCAUUAAGAAACUGGGCUGGGGUCACUUCUCCACCGUAUGGCUGUGCUUCGACUGCUCCAUGGAGUGCUACUGCGCCGUCAAGGUGGUCAAGUCGGCGGAUCACUUCACGGAGACGGCUCGCGAUGAGAUCCGGCUGCUGUGCGCCGUGGACGACUUCAGGUGCCAUCCGCUGAGGAAGCGCGUCGUCGAGUUCAUUGACCAUUUCUACAUGACCGGGGCGAACGGCAGCCAUCUCUGCCUGGUGUUCGAAGUGCUCGGCGACAAUCUAUUCACCCUCAUCCAGAAGUCACGCUACCGCGGACUGCCCCUCGGGAACAUCAAGCAGAUAGCCAUGCAGGUCCUUGAGGGCCUGUACUUCCUGCACUACAAGUGCCGCAUAAUCCACACCGACCUGAAGCCCGAGAACGUGCUGGUGGUGAACAGCGACGCGGCCGUCCGGGGACAGGUCAACCAGACCAUCAAUACCUUCCUGAAGGCCCAGUCUAACCUUAGGAGGUCUGGACAUGGCUCCGCUCGCGGCAGCCUCAGUGACCGGGAGCGGGAUCGAUGUGUCCAUCACGACUGCACCAAGAUGACCAAAACGGCCAAGAGAAAGCAGCGGGCGCGGGUCAAGAGGCUGGUUACCUUCUUUCUUGGCCACCGCCGGUGGCUGCGCCGCGAGGCCAUCGAUGAUCUACUGUCCCUGGCCAAGCGGGGCCAACUCUCGCGGAGCACCGCCGUCAAGGGCGUCACUGGCAAGCUGAGCUUUAUGCCCUUCAACUUCGACGGGCUGCAGAUCCUUAGCGCACGCCAGGUGGAGAAGAUAGAGAAUCUACCCACCGUUGAGAGGGUGGGCGAUGUGCCGGCCCAGCCUCCUAAACGCGAGCCCAAUGGCGAACGUAAUGACAAUCGUAAUGGCAGCCCUGAUCGCAAGUCCAAAAGCAAUCGUAAGGGCGAACCUAAUCGCAGUCCUAGUCGCGAAUCUAAUCGCAAUCACAAUGGCGAACCCAAUGGCCAAUCUAAUCGCGAUAGGAGAGCCCGCCCACGCCGCAGGGAGGAGAGGGAGCCAAGCAACGAUGGGGAUUCGGUCACCAGUUCCGGCGAGGACAGCGUCGACCCCGUGGGUCUGCUGAUCAGCAGCCCGGAGGAGUUCAUGCGCUAUACUCUGCAGAAGGUUAAGCUCUCGGAUCGGAAAGCGGAGUGCCCCCACCAGUGGCCUCCCAAGCGCAGCGCCAGGAGGGGCUCAAGUAGCCGUCGCAACAGUCGGCAUAAAAAGAAAUCUGGAUCAGUCGUACCAAAUCCGGCCAAGUACCAGGCCUACAUGAGGUCGAAAAGGGAGUCCAAUUUGUUGGGAUUCCUUCAGGGCAAGGACCCGGCCACCGAGUCCUGCGAGGUGCAUGUGAAGAUCGCCGACAUGGGCAAUGGCUGUUGGUUCGACCACCACUUCACCGAAGACAUACAGACCCGGGAGUACCGCGCCGUGGAGGUGAUCCUCGGGGCGGGCUACAACGAGACGGCGGACAUCUGGAGUGCCGCCUGCAUGUUCUGGGAACUGGCCACCGGCGACUAUCUGUUCAUUCCCAAGGCGAAUCGCGGACGGGCUAGCGUGGACGAGGCCCACAUUGCCAGCAUCAUCGAGAUCUGUGGAGCCAUUCCGCGGCACGUGGUCGAGAGUGGCGACUACUCGUCUGAGAUCUUCAAGUCCAAUGGCCAGCUGCGCCACAUCGCCCACUUGAAGACCCGCAAACUGACCAAUAUCCUGGUGAAUCAAUACGGCUGGCCGCGCCAGGAGGCCCGUCACUUCGUCACCUUCCUGAGACCCAUGUUGGACACGGAUCCCAACCGCCGCAUGACGGCCCGCGAGGCCUUGAACUCCUGCUGGUUGUCCCCGAAGGGCUGCGAUUGCUGCAAGGACAGGAAGCCGAAGCCGCGUAGGAGCCACGGCCACGACCAGGAGCGCAGGAUGUCCAGCGAGGAGGCACCGCGUCCCGGCACACCAGAUCCAAGGUCGGACAGCAACCAUCCAAACGAAAUCAAGGUCCUUUUCUAGGCCCUUCAACGAACCCACAGCAGAAACGGUCUUUUCCUUUAUUGUAUAUCAUAUUUCCAUAUGCACAUUUCAAAAUCAAAUAAAGUGCGCCUCCAGAAGCAUAAA